CACCGCCACAUAUUCCACCGCCAUGGCCAGCGUCACUCCAGCAAAGCUCAAGAAGCUGCAGCUCGCGGAACCGGCCAAGCGGGCGGCCCAGCUCGAGCGCAUCAAGCCCAUCAUCACCUACUGGCUGCGCUUCUACAUGGUCCAGAAAAUCAUCGCGGGCGGGCUGCACUCGGCCGACCAAGAAUGCACCGCCUACACGACCGAUCUCAUGGAGCGGCUCGAGCAGGCAAAGGCCGAGAACCCCAGCGAGGAUGCCUUGGUCGACGACACCGUCGCAAGCGCCUACUGCGAGCAGUUUGCCCUGCAGACGCUGGGAAAGGCAGAGAGGGAGAUGGCAGAGAAUAGAGUCAAUGGGCAGACCGUCGACACGCUGCGCGCAGCGUCCACCUUUCUCGAGAUGAUGUCGAUAUGGAAGAACAACGACGCCGAAAUCGCCGCAAAAACAAAGUAUGCAAAGUACCACGCUCUGCGCAUUCUCAAAGCUAUCAAGGCUGGCGAGGACCCCAACGCCACCAACCCAGUGCAUGACACUCCAGAACAGCCCGUGUCGCCGCCUGCCUUGGAUCCAGAAGAUCCCGAAGUGCAGCGCAUAAACCAGGCCGCUGCGGCCCAACCUCCAGAGAACCCCUAUCAACCCUACGUCGAGUCGGCUCCUGACACCUCUGUACAACCCUCGCCCAGCCUCUCUGCACCCCCGGUGUCACCCCCUCCUCCCAAUCUCCCUUCAGCGCCUACAGGAUACACACAUACAUCGCACAGCGACGUGUCUCCCAUUUCACAGCCUGCCCAAUCGCGGCAGGGCUCCGUUACUUCUAUUGGUGGGGGCUAUUUCCCCAAGACGGAUCCUCCCACCUUCACAGGAGAAUCAGCGCCACCAGGCCUCCCAACAGCGCCCAUGGAUAGAGAUCCUCUGACCUCCUCUCUGCCAACUAGCCCACAGGUACCACAAGCACCAGAAGCUUCCGAUCCUUCAGGCUUCUACCAAAACACUGCAUCUCCGCCAGCAGCAGCUCCUACGCAAAAUUCGUACCAACCUCCACAAAAUCAAUUUGCAUCGCCCUCUCCUCAACCACCCCAACAGCAGUAUGCGCCACCGACGAGCGCUUUCCCGCCUCAGCAACAGUAUCCACCAGCACCUCAUCAGAACCCAUAUGCACAACCGCCGCCGCCUUCUCAACCUCCACAACAGUUUUCCAACGGCCCGUUCAGAAACGAUGAAGACUCCAUCAUGUUGGCACAAAAGCAUGCCAAAUGGGCCAUCUCUGCUCUGAACUUUGAAGAUGCGGAUACUGCGGUGAAAGAACUGCGUACGGCUCUGAGGGCUUUGGGAGCAUAG